AUGAGAGACGAUGUCAGCUGUGUCCUAUUCAUCACUGGCAAUCCAGGGACUGGGAAGAGCUAUAUCGCCAACCAUCUCGGGGCAAAUUUUGAAUCGGGGUUCGCAAUGCAUGGCGGCGGAGUGACGACGCAAGUACAGCAACAAAUCGUCGACAUUAAUGGCCAAAAUAUUCUCAUGGUUGAUGCACCGGGUCUGAUUGAGCCAGAUCUGGUCGCAACGAGGCGCAACGCAGAAGAAAUCACUGAAGCGCUUAAACUUGGAAAGAAAAACCGAAAGCCACUCAAGAUUGGAAUCAUUGUGAUGGAUCACAACGGAAGGAUCCAGCGCUCCGACAUGCUCCUGAUUCAAAAGGUCAAUCAGGCAUUGACACCCAGAUUUGAGAUCCUUUUAAUUGUUAACCAGGUCAAAAGACGAAAUAUGCAACACUAUGCCACACGAGAGUGUAUAGAAACCUUGGUCAACAGAAUCCACGAAUACACUCAAGCGAUUGUCAGGACGGACCGUGUGAUUGUGAUCGAAGACCAAGAUGAAGGAGAUCUCCCUGAUUUGGAGCCACUCAAGAAUAUGCUUGACAAGAUUGUGAAACAAGAAGUACGAGAUGUCCAAGAUAUCAAGAUCACUGAAGAAGAAUUCCAGACCAUUGGGGAGCAGAUCCUCAUUUAUACUGUCGCUACGCUCGCUGUACUCACAUCACCUGUCUGGGGACCGCCUUACCUAAUCUACAAAGCCAUUAAGAAGUAG